GGUCCGUCCUCCUCCCGGCCCAAGCAAGCGCGCGCGCACACGCACACAGAGAGACAGUGAGGAGGAGGGAGGCCGGGCGGCCGGAGGUCUAGAUAGAUCGAUCAUAGCACGCAGAUGGCCCGGUUCGUGGACCCGCUGGUGGUGGGGCGGGUGAUCGGCGAGGUGGUGGACCUGUUCGUGCCCUCCGUCAACAUGACCGUCGCGUACGGACCCAAGGACAUCAGCAACGGCUGCCUCCUCAAGCCCUCCGCCACCGCCGCGCCGCCGCUCGUCCGCAUCUCCGGCCGCCGCAACGACCUCUACACGCUGAUCAUGACGGACCCGGAUGCGCCGAGCCCCAGCGACCCCACCAUGAGGGAGUAUCUCCACUGGAUAGUGGCUAACAUACCAGGGGGAACAGAUGCAUCAAAAGGGGAUGUGGUGGUGGACUACAUGGGCCCGCGGCCGCCGGUGGGGAUCCACCGCUACGUGCUGGUGCUGUUCGAGCAGAAGACGCGCGCGCGCGCGGGGGCGCCGGCGGAGCGCGCCAACUUCAACACGCGCGCCUUCGCGGCGGCGCACGAGCUCGGCCUCCCCACCGCCGUCGUCUACUUCAACGCCCAGAAGGAGCCCGCCAAACGCCGCCGCUAGUAGUUACUACCUCCACACUCACGGCUGCUGCGUGAGUGCGUGCGUGCGCCGCCGGCCGCCGGCGGUUAUAUUAUAAUUACCGCCGGUGAAUAAGAGCUUUUACUAUACUGCCCCGUUAAGUACCUUAUUAAUUACCGUAUACUCGUAUUUUUUCUGUGUUUUCCGUAUACGUAUAUGGUCUAUAUACUUGUGCUCUUGCAUGUAUAUGUAGCAUGCGUCUUGCAUGGACUGUGGCUUUUGGAGUU